AUGAUGGCUGUGUCCUGGUCAGACCGAAACAACCUUCUCAUCUAUAGGACUUUCGAAGAGUUUAAGAAAUUCCAUAAAGUACUGAAGAGAAAAUUCCCCAUAGAAGGUGGUUUACUGAAGAAAUCUGACCGGAGCAUUCCAAAGUUUCAAGACGCAAAACUGAUGCAGAGAAGGAGCAGGAAUUUGAGCAGGUCAAUGGAGAGAUUGAAACUGCUGGAGACUUACUCCCAGGAGCUGCUGAAAGCGGAUGCUAAAGUCUCCCAGAGCGAAGAUGUGAUCCAGUUUUUCAAAGCACAAACUCAAGACCUAGAUCCUUCCUUUCCAAAAAACAGCAUUAUAAUUAUGCCCUCAGAAAUGGGAGAUGGAAAGAAAGACCAGUUCAAGCAACAGAACCCCUCUGUUACUCAGCCAGUGGUCUCCCAGAACUACAGCUGCAUUGAAGCCUAUGAAACCAAAGACACAAAGAACAGACCCUUCAAAGUUGCCAAGAAGGAAAUUGUCGAAGUGUUAAUCAAGGACGUGACUGGGUGGUGGCUGGUGGAGAACAAGGAUCAGCAAAUAGCCUGGUUCCCAGCUCCGUAUCUGGAGGCGAGAGUAACUGGAGAGGAGAGUCUGAAUGCCAGAGAACUGGAUGAGGCGGGGACUCUGUAUUACACCGUGCGGGCCUACAAGUCUCAGAAGGCCGAUGAGCUCUCUCUGAAUGUUGGGGUAGUUGUGGAGGUGCUAGAGAAAUCUGACAAUGGCUGGUGGCUGAUCUGGUACAACGAGCGCACUGGCUACAUCCCCUCUAUGUUCCUCCAGCCGUACAAGAACCCGCACAGCAAGUUCCAAACGAUGGUGAACCCUGGCCUCUGCGUCUCCAUCCCUAACCUGCUGCAAGCUGCCAGCCCCUCCAAGUGGAGUUUCCUCCCCCAGCGCAAGACGCCGGUGCCCCCAACUCGCUCAGCGCAGGAGAGGCCCAUAACGAGCAGGGAUCCUCUGAGCAGAACGAGAUCGAGAUCUCUGAGCGGCCCGCUGACUGGGGCGGACAGCGCAGCCAGCUCCAGCCUCACGUUUGAGCUAGACAGUCUGUCUGUUAGUUCAGGGAACGGGAGCGAACACGGCUUCAGCCAGGAUUGGAAGGCAGGCUCAGCAGGGUCUUUGCCUGGAGUCAAGCAGGCCGGGGCUGGCCUCCUGCAAGCGAGCCUAGGUCAAGCCUCGGCCAGUGGAGGCAGCAAAGAUCCUCACCUCACCAGCAAGGAUAGGAAUGAUUCUGGCUUUGAGGAGGAGCCUCCAAGCGACUCAGAUUCUUUCCUUCACAGCCCAGACUCUGCUGCCAGCGUCCCCAAGGUGCCGGCGCGACCCACGGUCCAGGAAAUCCUCCAGAAAUGCAGCACUGUGACCAAGAGAGCUGUGCAAAGGGCUGCCCCCAGGCCUAACCUGCACUCCUCACCUCACCUCCACCCCAGAGGGGAGAUGUGUGCAAAGCCGACAGAUGCUCUAAAGCAUGUGUGCUUCAGAUGAGAUUCCGUUAUCGCCCUGAGCUGGAGGGUGGAGACAGCAGUGGCUGAAAUUCCUGACAUCCUUGCUCGGCCAUCUUUUAAUUGCCACAAUGGGAAGCUGACUGAGGAAGAUCAGCGCUUGUGAUGGUCGUGCUGAGAGGACGGACUCGGCCUUUAACUCCUGGUUGGAAGCUGCUCUGGCUGGUUUGCGUUAAUGCACUGGUCUCGCUGUUCACACAGGAAGAACUGGAGGUUGGAAUGCUGCAGAAUUGUCCCUGCUGGAGAUCCUGCACUAGAUGCACAACUGGUGUAAAUGGGGUCAUUCCAUUGACUUCAGUAGAGCUGUUUACACCAGCUGAGGCUUUGGCCCACUAACUGGUUAAGAGGUUAAAUGUUAGAGUUAAAUUAAUCCCAGCCAUCUAUCUAAGGAUUGCUUUAGCCCAUUACUGAGGCCCAGGGGCUAAGUGACUUGGUCAAGGUCACACAGAAAAUCAGAGUAGGAAAUCGAACCCUCAGCUUGUAAGUGCAAGGCCAGCAACCAAACCACCAGACCAGCCUUCUUCUAAAAGACUUAUCCUAAAGUGCAGUGUUAGAUCAGUGCAGGCUGGACUCCGUUUGCUUUACAUGUUGUAACCACAUCUCACACACUUCAGCACACGUAUUCUCCUAGGGUCCACUGCAGCAUUAGGCGGUUCAGUCCCCACCCUUGUAAACAAUCUGACACCACUAGAUGAAACGAUCACAUUUGAUGGGAGGAGAGGGCGUUCUCUAACCCAGACUUCCUUUCACUUAUUUUGGUAGAGCCAAGUAAAUAAUUCAUAGGAACUAUUUAUUCAAACGAUCCGGUCCUCCGCUCUGUCCCCAAACUGAGCUGCGAGCAGUUUGGAAUGUUGUUGUUGGAUAAUGGGAUUGAAGUGGAGGUUUGGAAGUGGUUUACAAGGCAUAUAUUUUGCAAUUGUUCUCCCCAUUUCACAAACUGAAAACUAGCUAGUUGCUAUUGAGCCUUUCAGAAUCUGUUAAGUGACAAGUGGCUACCCUCUGUAGAAAGAGCAAUAAUUGACAGCCAAAGACUUCAGUAAUACGAAGAGAAAAGAGGGCUCAGGGCCACCUGCAGAAUUCUAACAACAGAG